AUGCUCGCACCUCUGCGGAGAUGCCCUGCAUCUUUGCCUCGAGCCCUCAGCGCGGCCGCUGCGACGCGCUUCGCUCUGCGCAACAGCUCAAUCGCCUCGCCCCGGGCCCUUGUGUCCUCUAACUUUGCCCCUCUGCUUUCCGUUCGUGCGUUCCAGUCGAGCGUCCGCCUGGCCGAGGCUCAGGCCGUCGCCACCGCGACCACCGACAGCAACUCUGCCUCGCCCAUCACCCGGUUCGAGGAACUGGCCGAGAGGAACAUCGUCCACAGGAACGUCAUCGACACCAUUGUGAAGGAUAUGGGUCUUGUCACCAUGACUGACGUCCAGACCGCCACCAUCAAUCAAGCCCUGCAAGGCUCCGACAUCAUUGCACAGGCGAAAACCGGAACUGGAAAGACGCUCGGCUUCCUCCUUCCCAUGCUCCAAAACAUUCUUUCCAAGACUCCAGCACUCGCCGAGCGCGCACCGAGACAGUUUGGCCGCCGCGCACCUGUCCUGCGCCCCGAUAUUCGCGCCAUCAUAGUCUCUCCUACCAGAGAAUUGGCCGAGCAGAUUGCUGUGGAAGCCCGUAGGUUGACGGCGCGUACGUCUGUAAAGAUACAGACAGCCGUCGGCGGAACGGGCAAGCGUGAGGGCAUGCGACGGAUCAUGACCGAAGGAUGCCAUGUCCUCGUUGCCACUCCCGGACGGCUUAACGACAUCCUUGGUGAUGCCUACAGUCCCAUUCCCGUUGACAACCUGGACUACUUCAUCUACGACGAAGCCGAUCGCUUGUUGGAGACUGGUUUCUCGCAGGAGAUCCACGACAUCCAGGAGAAGCUGCCCGACGCGUCCGUAAGGGACCGUCAGACACUCAUGUUUUCGGCCACUGUUCCUCAGGCUGUUGUCAGACUUGUUCGCCAAACCUUGAGGCCUGGAUUUCACUUCGUCAAGACUGUUCGCGAUGAUGAGGAGCCAACUCACGCGCGCAUCCCCCAAAAAUACGUCAUUACCACUGGCUUUGAGACUCAACUCCCGGCGCUUCUCGAGAUCUGCCAACGGGAAGCAAAUCUCGCAAAGAAUGGCGAGAAACGCCCGUUCAAGGCUAUCAUUUACUUCAACUCACUGAAGGAGACUCAGAUUGCCUUCAGUAUUUUCAACCGCAUCCGUCGUGUCCAAAAGAACGCACAUGCUUUGUGGGAGGGUCAACUCCUCUACAUUCACUCCGAGCUCACCCAAGGAGCAAGGCAGAGACAAGCAGACACGUUUAGAGCCGCGGAUAAGGCUGUUCUGUUCUCAACUGACGUUACUGCUCGCGGCAUGGACUUUCCCAAUGUCACGCACGUCAUUCAGCUGGGCAUUCCUAGGGAUCCUGCUGAUUAUGUCCAUCGUAUCGGUCGUACCGGUCGUGCCGGAAAAGAGGGCGAAGGAUGGCUAAUCAUCCCCGAGGUGCACCGGAAUGAGGUUCGGUACAAACUUGGCAACCUUCCGCUCAAGAAGGACACUUCACUGGCAACUGCCGAGGCCGACCUCGACGCGUUGGAAGAAGUGCCCGAGCAUGCACAACAGAUCAUCAAAACCAUGCAGGAUAGCUUCACGGCAAUGGACGAGGCAGAGCUCGAGGACGCUUUCCCGCGCAUACUCGCGUCCCAAGGGCACACAAGAGACAAGCGGCGCCUUGUCGAGUCCAUGAAAUUCAUGGCAAAGAAGCUUUGGGGCCUUGAGAAGGAACCCCAUAUCCCCGGGAGUACCAGCAGGGGAAUAGGACUUGGCGGCCCCCGCGGCAAGUCCUCAGGUGGUCCCCGCGGCCAGAGCAGCAGAUCCAGUCGUCCUGAUCAUGGCGAAUUUAAUCUUGCUGGCCCUCGUGUUUCUCGCUGGGGUGGUAACGGUAGGCCGCCCCCUCGCGCUGUUGGUGUCGGCAACUUUGGCGACGACCGCGCGUCUGGACCAAGCAGGUUCGAUAGCGACCGCUCGUCUGGACCAAGCAGGUUCGGUGGCGACCGCUCUUCUGGACCAAGCAGGUUCGGUGGCGACCGCUCUUCUGGACCAGGCAGGUUCGGUGGCGACCGCUCUUCUGGACCAGGCAGGUUUGGUGGCGACCGCUCUUCUGGACCAGGCAGGUACAGUAGUGACCGAUCGAAGGAGUACCAGCCCAGAAGCAACAGGUGGGAGGGUCGUGGUGAAACGGGCAAGCGAUACUAA